AUGGCGGCAAUUUCAAUGUCAAAUUGUGUGAGAACGUUGAUCGUGGACGACAACGUUAUAACGGCAAAAGUACUCUCAAAGAUACUCUCCAAAGAAUUCGGUCAUAACACCUCCUGCGCGAUAAGUGGCAAGGAAGCUCUCAUAAAAUUAUCCAAGGAAACAUAUGACAUCAUAUUCAUGGACAUCGACAUGCCAGAAUUAUCAGGAAUCGAAACAACGAUAGAGAUACACAAGAAGGGUUCUAACGUAUUGGAACAAAAUCGUAACAUACCAAUCAUAGCUUAUACCACAAAUCCUUGCGAGGAACGAUUUUUUGAAGCUGGAAUGAACGGAUGGGUUGGAAAACCAGCAAAGCAUUGGAUGGUACGAAAAGAAUUGGAGAGGGUAUAUAGCAUAACAAAUUCAUCACGACCGUCCUCAAACAAAAAUUAA